GACGCAGUUACUAGGCGGGUUUCAGAUACAAUUGAGCCAAUGAACGUCGCGCUUGGAUUUCUUUGGGCCAAUCAACGCUUUUUCACCUGACCAGUCAGUCAGCUGUGCUGUUUUUCCCGGAGCUUCUCUCACACACACACACACACACACACGGAACAAGUUGGUGUUCUGCGGUCCUCCGGUCCUGUGGUCCUGUCAGUGAUUUAGCGCAAGUUUACACAACUAUCACAUCAUAUGAGGAGUAAAAACCAAAGCGAGUGAUUAAUUCUUUAGUUCACCGUAAGGAUGUAGCGCCUGAGCGGAACCUUCGACUUGUUACUUUAACUUUUACACCUAGCCUGUGAUGCUAACCGGCGCGCGCGCGCGCGCACUCACAAGUUUCCGUCGAGAUUAAACGUGGUUAAAGAAACAUCAUGGUGUCAGAUAAAGGAAGGUUUUAUCACUGAAUGCGUCCAUGAAAGGUAAGGACACGUCUGUGUGUCGACUGGACGUGGAUUGUGUGCUGAACAACGAAGUAGGACCCGACCAAAGAGAUGCCUUUUCCUCAGCAAGGAGAUGUUUAUACAAGAUGUGUGGAAGGAGUCUCCAGUGUCCGUGCUUUGUGACAGUUAGCGGUUCUACGGCAUCUCCAGGACGGACACAAGCUUCGUUACGGAUCGUUUCAUUCUUAUGCUUCUGUUAACAAGUUAAAGGAACGACUGAUUGUAGCUACUAUAACGUAAGUGAGAACUGGAACUAACUCCUCACAGAUGCUCCACAGUGUUAAGGGAUAAAAAGUAUGAUGUGUUUUUGUUUUAGUAAUAAAUAUUGUACUCCUGGGCAAACUGCUGUGCUGCGUCACUCUUCUGCUGUGGCCAUGUGAGUAUAUAAGAGCUGAUCAAUACGAGAAAGAGAAACUAAAGAUGCCGGUGUCCAAAUAUUUAAGACCCGUGGAUCGUGACGGUGAAGUGACUAAUUUCCUGUCUCACCGCUCUGACUCACUGCUGUCUCUUGCUGUCUAUCACCUUUGCCUGUAUUAGGACUUCCUGUUUGUCUGCAUCUGCCUUUUCAUUGGGUCCUUAUAGAGGAUUUGCUAGGCUUUUCUCUGCCCCUCCCUCCCUCCCUCCCUUCAUCCUUCCCUCCCACCUAUGCUCUCUCGCUUUCCUCUCCUCUUCUGCUCUCACGCAAGCUUUUCGGUGUCGUGUGUUUCUUCCUCUUUUCUCGCACGAUUGUUUCUGGUACCGUAGACACGUCUCACUCCAGUUCCUUCCAUCUCAGAUUUUGCUCUGUCUUUCCUUCCUUGACUAAACGACGUCGUAAAGAAAAGUUAUUAAAAGAAUAUCGAAAGGCGAAAAAAAAGGAAAUUAUUCGCGUAUCGUGUUUAAUAAUUAUUUUAUUUUUUAAAAAAUGUAAAAAGUUUAUGAAGUACGUCUGGUCCAUCAGUUGGAUAUUUGUUGGAUAAAUCUCACACUCGAAACGUUUUAAAAGCGAUCAUGCGCUCAGACGUGCGACGGAUUUUGCGGAUAAUGUCCAGUGACUCGAAACUAAAAUCGUCUAAGGUUUGUGUGAUGACUGUGUUGUUCAAUGACCGUGAACUGUCCAUCAGCUGAAAAUAAAAAUCUGUUGUGUCUCAGUAAUGAAAUCUCCUUCAGAAAAUGAUGUGAUCUAACAGUCAUGAUCUACAUGUGUGAAUUUCACUCUGAGCUCCAAAAGGUUCCUCAGGUAAAGAUCUGCACCGUUACACAAGGAUUCUGAUGGACCAGAUGAAGAUACUGAGAUCUUCUGGACUGUUAAAAAUGCGAGUCAAGUUUUGCUGCUGUAACAUGAACUGGAAGAGAACGUUCCAGUGAUUUGUCAAGACAAAGAUGGAAAAGUGUUCAUUAGCUGUGAGCAGAGUUGCUGGUGUGAACGCAAAGCCGAGGCUCCUCGGGGCUUCUGUGGUGUCUGCAGUGAAGCACAGAGCGGUGCAGUCUGCGGUCGGAGCUGUGGGGGGAUGAUGUCUUCCUGUGUGCAGCAGCAUGAUAGAUGGAGGAGGCUGAACCACCCACACUACAGCACAGAGAGGGGUACGGUCUGGGUCGUGGGGUGAAGCGUAAGCUGAGCGAGGGCGAGGAGUCUGCGCUGGAUCUCCCGUAUCCCCAGCAGAGGCAGCUGGUCCUGGACCUGUGCCUGGACAAGCUGCAGAGCUGCCAGCAACAUGCCGAGCCCAGCCUUCACCGCUCAGUGCUGCUGGCCAACACGCUGCGCCAAAUCCAGCAGGAGAUGUGUCUGGAGGGUGGAGAUGCCCUCCCUCCCACUUCACAUUCUCUCACAUUUCCUCCACCCACUCCACGCCACAUCCCCGAGCUCCCACCUGUAUCUCUAGACUCUUCACUUCUUCUCUCUGGACCCAUGUCCUCCUCCUCAUCAUCAUCCCUGACACUCGAUGAGGAUGUCGAGAGUAGACCGCCCGCUCCGGAGCGCUCGGACGAGGCGGAUACGAAGACGCCAGAUUCUCUGUUCGGCACGUUCGAGAUCACAAAUUCCACCAGCUACCUGACGGACCUGCAGCUGGACGACAUCUUUGAGGACAUCGACACGUCCAUGUACGACUCGUCAGAAAUCUCAAUCCUGGCGUUUUCCACGCCGAGAGAAGACGGACUGAAGAACCUGUCGAACCUGCAGCUCUGCCUGGCUGACCUCAAUGAUCUGGACCACAUCAUGGACAUCCUGGUGCGCUCGUGAUCCUCACACACCCUCAGAACGUCUCAAGCCAUCCUCACAUUCACACCGAAUGAAAUCUUUCAAUUUUUUUAAAAAGCUUUUUUUUUUUAAUUAUUAUUAUUAUUUAAUGUAAUUAAAUCUAUUUUUAUACAAAGAACCGAUAUUUAUAAAAAUCAUAAACGACUGGAAUCUCACACACACACUGUAGGAUGCACGUUGCUCUUUUCCUAUUUAAGCAAAGAUCUGUAUCUAUCUGCAGGGAACGAACAUCAACAUGAAGUAUUAUCACUGGUCCUUUAUUUAUAACGAGCGCUGUUUAAAAAAGAACGAAACUCUGUCUCUUUUAAGGAGAUAAGACAGAAGAGAGAACUAGAGAAAAGACGUUUUAUUUCUUUAGUAUGAACCGAUCUGAACUGAUGAGUAUUUCUCAA